AUGUCGUUUGAUAGAUUUAAAUCAAAAAUUUUGAAUCCAACUUCUGCUGUGCUCAGGAGAUUUAUAGGGAACUCUGUGCAACUAAUUUCUGGCUCAGUUAGAACCUCGUAUCUUAUUUUCUGACAAAUUUCAAGUAUAACUUCUAAAGUGAUUAACGCUAUAAUUCCACCUCCAAUGUCAAAUUUAUCAAAAGCACAAUUUAAACAACUAGAAAAUAUAAAGCCAAUUAGCUUUUUUGCACCAAAAUCAAGCUUAGGAGCGGGAUUAUUUGAUAUUAAGACUGAAUUAAAAAUAAGCUCAGAAUCUCCAGACUUAAAAGACUCACCUAAGCUAAAAACUGGUUUCAGAAGAAACUAUAAAGGGGGGACUCUAACUUCAUCCUCCCCAUUUCGAAGAGAAAACUUUUAUGGUCUCUAUGAAGGAAUUAAAUUUAUUUUUAAUUUUUUACAUAAAAAUUAGAUUUUAAAAAAAAUUCAGAAAAGUAAAAAUUUAUUCUAAAAAUUUAAGAGGCUUAAAUAUAAUAGUAUUAUUGUAGAUUUUAUUAUAAUAAUUACUAAUUCUAUAUUGAUACAUUUAUGAAAAAGACUUCAUAAUCAAUAAAUUUUGUUCGCCUUAGAAGCCAAGAGUAAGAAAAUCUUCAUAUUUGACUGAAACAGUUGGAAGAGAAAGUAAUGGCUCGAAGAGUUCAUUUGAAUUUUAUAGUAGCUUCAAACAAGAAAACCGAGAAAUAAAUAAACAACAGAGUAUUGAUAGCUUUUCAAACCAAAAUUACGGUAAGCGCAAAGAAACUUGCCGAAGCAUCACUCCUAUAUACGAAGAAGCCUGCCCAAGCCCAUACAUUUUUUCUAAUUCUAAUUCAAGUAUUUUCGGAGCAAGCACGCCUCUUUCAUUAUUCAAUAAAGAAUACCCUCAAGCAGACACUUAUUCUCCUCAAAUGAAUUGGGGAAUUCAUGAAAAUUAUACUAGGGCUUCUGAUUAUAGGAAUGAGACAUGCGUUAUUUUUUCAGGAAACAACCAGUGCUAUAGUGCAGGAUUUCACUCAGAAACAAGCACUAAUCCCUCCAACGAAGAAAUUCCUACAGAUAAUAACGAUGACGGAGUGCAAAGAAAAAGAUUCAAAGCUAGAAGGCUGCUUGCAAGAUAA